AUGUCAAUUUUGAUACAAGCUAGAGCAUUCUUAGAGACAUCUCAACCUGAAAAAGCAUUAGAUUUAUUAUCAAAUGAAAUAAAUGAUAUUAAAAAUCAAUCUGAUGUUGCCUUUUUAUCCAUAUUCGGUGAAACUUUAUUAGAAGUAAAUCAAUUAGAACAAGCAUAUCAAGUAUUAUAUAAAGCUUGUGAAUUGGAUCAGAAUGCAGAUUAUGGAGUUGAAAAAUUUUUAUAUCUUGGUCAAAUAAUAGGUGGUAAUGAUGGUUUAAAUUAUAUAAAUAUAGCCUUAAAUAAAUUAAAUGAAAAAUUAGAUAAAUAUAAACAAAAUGGAAUGAUAGAGGAUCAGGAUCAAUUCUCAAAUGGUGAAGAGUAUGAACAAUGGAUAAUUAAUAAAUUAAAUCAAGGUAUUUUUGCAGAGAUUGAAAUUUGGAUGACUGAUUUAUGUAUGGAAGACAAUGCAGAAUCAAAAUGUAAUGAAUUGAUUCAAAUUUCAUUAAAUUUAGAUAAUACAAAUCCGGAAACUUAUUCAUUAUUAUCAAGUAUAAAAAUAUCACAACAGUUGAAAAAUGAAGCAAGUGAAGCAUUAAAUAAAUCAUGGGAAUUAUUUCAAGCAAAAAAACAAAAAUUGGAAGAAAAAAACGAAGAUAAUAAAGGUGAUGAUUCAUAUGAAAAAUCAAUGGAAUAUAUUGAAUUGAUCCAACCAUUAUUGACCCUUUCUAAAUUUGCAAUCGAGUUGGAAUUAUAUGAUUUGUCAAUAUCUAUUAUAUCACAAAUUUAUGACAUAAAUGAUCAAAUUUUAGAUUGUUAUUAUGUUGAAAUAUUAUCUAAUUUAUUAAAAGCAAAAAGAAUAAUAAAUGGAAAUAAUGAAGGAGAUUUUAAAGAGAUUUUAAAUGAAGAAAUAUUGAAGCAUAAAGAAAAUGCAGAAGUUGGAAAUUUGAUAGAUGAGAUUAAAACAUCGUUAACUCAUGCUUAUAAGAUCAUAAAUUCAGGGUUGAGUGAAGAUUUUGAUCCUGAAGUUAUUGAUACUUUGAAUGAUUUGUUGAAUGUUUUCGGUGGUCCAAUCAUGAGUGAAUUAAUGCCAAAGAGAGAGAAGGAUGAUGAAGAUGAUGAAAAUUGGGAAGAUGAAAUUGAUUAUGAAGAAAAUUAA